AUGUCUGCUUACGGCGCUAUCAAAGCCCCUUCCACGUCUGCCGAGUCGUUGGCGACUCGGUCGUACGCGCUCGCGAACGGUCUGACUCUGACUACCUACCCCGUCUCGGGCUCGAACACGUCCCCUGAGCUCAUCGCAUACCUCGCCGCGGUCUUCAACCAGGAGCUCGCAGAGGGAAAGACCUACCCGCAGGAGGGCCCCUUGACACUGGAAGAGUUCACCAACUACUUCUUUGGGGCUGCUACCAUUGUCGCCAUCUUUACUCCUACGGGUGCCGCAGCGCCAGCGACCGUCGAGGAAGCUAGGGCAGGACGCUCAUGGGAGGAGGCUGUGGGCGGAUGCUACUACAUCAAACCCAACUACCCCGGCCGCAGCAGCCACAACUGCAACGCCGGCUUCCUCGUCCCUCCUGUGCAGCGCGGCAAGAAGGUUGGCGGCGCCCUCGCUGAGAGCUAUCUUCACUACGCGCCUGCGCUCGGCUACCGCGGCAGUGUGUUCAACCUGGUGUACAGCAUGGCAAAGAAGCGAAAGCAUAAUGUAACACGAGCUAACAAAGUAGACAACGUCGCUUCCCUCCGCCUCUGGGACAAGCUGGGCUUCACCCGCGUCGGUGUUAUCCCCAAGGCUGGCCUCUUGAAGACCGGACUGAACAAUACCGAGGAGUAUGUGGAUGCGUUUAUCAUCCACAAGAGCUUCGUCUAG